GAUGAAGAAGAUUCCGAUGAUGAGGAUCCCAACAACCUAGACCCCGAUGUGGCUUACGACGAAAGUACUCCCAUCGAGUUCAGACUCCGCGUCCCCAUCAACGUCACCGGCAACAACAACGUGAUUGCUAUCGACGCUGCUAAGAUGGCUCGAACCGUCUCAGCCGCCUUAACCGAGACGCUCCGCGACAUGUCUGUUGGCUCCGGUGGUGUUCCCAUGAUCGAUCACAAUGGUGUAGCACGCGCCGUCAACAUCAGAGUCGAUUGCAAGGUCAAUGUCAAGGGAGACAAGAAUACGGUCGGAGAGAAGGCGGUC